GCUGACAAGAAGGGUCAGAGGUCAGUGAAAGUGUCCUUGCCGUCUAGGUUUUUCCCUGCCCGGUUUGAAAAUGCUCCGUAGAAGUUGUUGCGCCCUAUUCAGACUACACCGUGGUUCUUGUCAGGUUCCUCAUAUAUCUAGAAGUUCCACGUACAAGAGUGUGUACAGUUUGGACAGAUUAUACCCCGACAGCGACCCCACAAGUUUCCUGAAAGUUCCCGAGGGAGCUUACAGCACACGCAGUAACCCUGACAAGUUUGAUGGGCACAUCCCUGUAGACAAGUUAAAGAUUUCAUACAGCAAAAGUAGUGGAGCCGGGGGACAACAUGUGAACAAAGUGAACACAAAGGUGGACUUGAGAUUCCAUGUGGAGAGUGCUGAUUGGCUGCCUGAAGAUGUCAGACAGAAGCUUACAGAUGUGCAAAAGAGUCGCAUCAAUAAAGAAGGAGAGCUGAUCAUCAAGUCUGAGGUGAGUCGGUUCCAGAUGAGGAACCUGGCCGACGCCCUGAAGAAGCUGAGGGAGAUGAUCGAGGAGGUCAACAAGAAACCCCAGGAACCCAGUAAGGAGGACAGAAACAUGUGGAGACUAAGUGUAGAGAAUGCCAACCGGGAGCGACUGAGGCAGAAAAAGAUCAGACAACAGACGAAGCGUGACCGUGCCAUUCCUGUAGACUUGUAGAUACAAUGUAGUCAUUCUGUAUUUGCAUUUUUAAGUAAAAAGUGCAUGUACUCAUUAUCGUCAUCAUCAUGUACUCAACUACACUGUACUCAUCUUCUUUGGUUUUCUCCAACAACAGUGCACAUGCAUGUAUUUUGUGCAUCUUACAAAAUGAUUGCACAAGUGUUAAGUCAAAUCAGCCAAGGAAAAAUUGAUAGAUUAAA